UUGACUGCAGAAGAAGCAAAACUCAACACCGGAGAUGUGCUGAGAACGUCACAGCGGAAGCUUAAAGGAGAUUUGAAGUAUGAUUUUACAGAGAAAAGAGCCCAGCCUCGCAUUUCACUUCCCUCUACUAGAGGAUGCAACAUAUAUGCUCUGUCUGUGAAGGCACAUAUUUUCUCUCUGUGUUUGAGUAUUUGAGUUUCCUGAGUUAAACAGUUUAACUUCGGAGAAAUAUGCAGCUUUCGUUCUGAUCUUUUCAUAAUGCUUAAUUAGAUUACACGAAAUAACAUGCUAAAUUGAGUUGAUUUACAUCAACUUGUAAAUCUCACAGUUGAAGAGUUCAAAGAGCAGGAGUCAGAGAGAGUACAACGGUCAAAUGAAAGACACGCCUGGGGGACUUCUCACUUCUGGAUUUCUGUCUUAAAUAUCUCUAAGGGUACAUAAUGACCUCAGUUCCAAAACCUUCACGGGAAUCCAGAGCCGAGGAGUAAAUCACCACGUCCCAAGACGAAGAUCGUGAAGAAGACUUCAGAAUGCUGUUGAACGUGCAGGGUUUUUGCUCUUAGUCCUCAUAGUUCUGCAGACUUGAAAUUACAACGAUGAUUUCCUCUUCAGUCAGACACCGCUAAUAUAUUUUUGUAGAAGCAUUAGACUGUACUUUACAAUACCAGAGAAGGAAGGAUGAAUGGGUUGGCAGAGACCUCAGUGAAAUGCGUACUGGUCGGGGACUGUGCAGUGGGUAAAACUGCUCUUCUUGUACGAUUCACUUCUGAAACUUUCCCAGACAGCUACAGACCGACUGUCUAUGAAAACACGGGCGUUGAUGUUUUCAUGGAUGGAAUCCAGAUCAGCUUGGGACUGUGGGAUACAGCAGGACAUGAUACAUUCCGCCAAAUCCGGCCCAUGUCCUAUCAGCAGGCCGAUGUGGUUUUGCUAUGUUAUUCGGUGGCAAAUCCAAAUUCGUUACAUAAUUUGCGUUAUAAAUGGAUCGCUGAAGUGAGGGAAUUUCUUCCAAAAGUACCUGUGCUGGUUGUAGCCACGCAGACAGACCAUCGUGAGAUGGGACCGUAUCGUACUAACUGCACAACAGCCUCUGAUGGCAAACAGGUGGCACAGGAGAUCCGUGCCAAAGGAUACCUGGAAUGCUCGGCUCUCAGCAAUCGUGGUGUGCAACAGGUUUUUGAGUGUGCCGUUCGAACGGCUGUAAAUCGGGCACGGAGACGGACAAGGCGGAGACUGAUGGACCUUAACCCCUGUAAAAUCUCCUGAUGAUUUCAAUAGAGGGAUGUUGUUUAAUUCUCAUCACUAAGACAAUAUUGUUUCUCACACACAAAACCAAGUAUCUGAAGCCUCAACAAAGACCGAUGUCUAAAUACGGUUUACUUAAAAUACUUGUUUGAUUUUGAGUCAGGUUCUGAAAUCUGACCAUAUGUUAGACACAUUACAGACGUGAACAGCUAUUUAUUCAGUCCCAUUUUAUAUUAGUUGGCCUUAACUACUAUGUACUUACAUUUAAAUGAAUCAGUUGAUAAGAUGCACUUACUGUGUACAUAAAUAUGUCGUACUUACAUUUUGAAAAAGGCCUGCAUGUAAUUAAAUUUGUAAUUAAUUUCUGUAUAAUUAUACUGUUGACCUGUCCCUUACACCUUAACCCACCCUUAAACCUACCCAUACCACCCAACCUGUCCCUAACCGUAACCGUAUCCCACCUCGAUAACAGCAAAAGUGUGAACACAAUAAGGACAUAUACAUAUUUUAUAUAAAGUGGGACUGUUUAUUCAUUAAACAGCUGUGCCCUUGUUAAUUUUAUUAAUAUAAAAUUAUCAAUCACAGGAUUUUACAAGUUAAACAUAUAUUUUAAAAGAUGUGCAUCUUUUAUUACACUGCUACAUGUGUUGCAAAAUGUACAUUUUUAGAUUGUAGUUCUUCAAGUUCAGUUAUAAAUUUAAUUCUUGUGAAUCGAAACUGCUGGUUCCUCUCCUACACUUGUGAUCAUGUAAAAUCAUAAUGUCACACUGAGAUCUCCUUCUGUAAUCUUAAUUUUAGAUGGCGAUUAAAUCACUUUAAUUAUGUAUUUCUGAUUUGCUGACAAUGCUUUUUUUUGGUGAAAUGUUGUUUAUGGAGCUAAAUACUGGAAUGGGGAUUUCAGUGUCGAAGUUCUUAUUCAUAAAAGAUUGAUUUUAUAGUCUUUAUUAAGUCAAUUAAAUAAGUAGUUAUGUUAAGAAAAAGAGUUUAGCUGUUACUUUGCUAAAGUAUCUGUGUGGUUUGUCAUGCACAGCGAACCCAUGGAAAAUGCGUUUACAUGAGUUCUGACUAAAAAUGAACUUAAGGCAUGUGUUUAUCAUAAAUAAAAAUGAUUUUGAAAAGGUGGUUUACAAACUUAUUAAUGCCAAGAAUUUUACCAUAUGAGAAAAAAAUAGAUAUUAAAA